CGCGCCACGAUCUUCUUGGAAAGCCGAUGGCAGACACGGCGUACGAUGUUGUGGACGUCGAGUCCGACAAGGCGUACCGCGGCGUUAAGAAGGCGGAGCGAGUGUUGUCUAGCAUUAUGCUGAGCGCCUCGACGCCAACGUUGUACGUCGGAGACUCCUCAGCAAGUCUGCAUGCAUUCACCGUCCACAAUGACAAGAACCUGCGCUUCCAUCAGCAGCUCAAGAAAGUCUACCAUGAUAACAGCACGCUAAUCCUUGACUCGUGGGGUGUAUGUACAACGAUUAUGGAAGGCAAGUUGGCAACGUUGCCGCUUCCCCUCGACAAGGAUUCUCUCGCGGCAACGUGCUUGGACGAAACGAAAGGCGCAACCCACCUUAGCGCGCACGAACCCAGCCGCGUGUUAUGCUGCCUGGUGAAACAAAACCUCAUGGUGUACGACUGGAGUGUGCAGGGAAAGCUGCAACUGCGCUCAUCGCACGACCUGACCGUGGACAAGUCGAACGUCGCGCACUCCGUGCUUUGCCUAGGAGGAAGCCAAGCCAUUGUCCAGUUCAAGAAGAAAUCCAUGAUUGUGUUGGAUCUCGACACUGGCGCUGUUCUCAAUGCAAAGCUGCCAAGUGUCGACUCUACCCUCUUCGUCUCGCGCGUCCCCGGUGUACAUACAAACUUAGACAACGUCCUCGUCGCCACCAAGGACCACGGGAUCAUCUUUGCAUGGGAUGUUUCUCGUCAUUCGAUGAUGGAAGUUGGUCGAUUGACAUGGCCGACGUCGUCCGUACCCAAGGCCGCACCUGUGGCCCACCAUCCGUUCAUUCUUGUCCCGUUUGUGGACCGCGUCGACGUGUUCAAUGCAGCAUCCUUCCAUGCGGUACAAUCCAUCCCCAUCAAGUCCGUAAGCCAAGUCAACGUCGUGACAACGCUCGGAACUGCCGACCCCCACCGCCCGAUGUUGCUAUUGCUCGCCCCGCCAUUUAGCAUAACCCUCCUACGCAUGCGACCCCUCGUCGACCAACUAAAGUACGCCAUGCACACCACGCGAUAUGCCGACGCCGUUGGUCUCUGCUCGCUCUGUCCAGACGAGUGCCAUCUUCCUGCAGCGGAUCUCGACCAGCUACAUUUGAACUUUGCUCUCCAGCUCUUCCAACUCGAAGACUAUGACACUGCAUUCCAGCAAUUCGUUCUUGGACACACUCCAUUGCACCAUGUCCUGACGCUCUUUCCCGAAGAACUCCUCCCCCGUAGCUUCACCCUCGCUCCCGUCUUUCCGCAAGUGCCCGUGGUCUCGGGCAACGGGCUGACCAAAGCGUUGCGCGCGCUCCCGUCUUUCCUGACGUCCAUCCGCAGCGCAUUGACAGGAGACGCCCUGGUCUUGUGCGACACAGUCCUCCUCAAAACACACGUGCUGAACAACUCGGUGGACGACUUGACAGCGUUCUCCGCGUCGUCGAAUGCUGCUGAUCUGGGUGAGUCGGAGCUCUUCCUUCGCGUCCACGGUCAGUGGCAGGCGCUGCUGGCUCUGUACAAGCACCACGGACUGCACCGUAAGGCACUGGAUGUCCUGGACGAACUGCACACGAACGAUCCAGUCGAGUACGAGCAACCGCUGGCCCAGUACCUCACCGAACUUUCCGACGCCCCCCUUGUGUUUGAGUACUCUCGACGACUGUUGACCACUCGACCCAACGCCGGCAUCGCCAUCUUUACCCAUCGACAUCACCAUCAUGCGACUUCCAUCGACUUAGAUCCGGCGUUGGUGCUCCAACAUCUCAAGUCUAUAGACGUCACGACGCAAGAGUCGUCGCCGAUGGCAACGUCCGACUUGCCGCUCUCGAACGGCACAUUUCUCGCGAUUUCGUACUUGAGCCAGGUCAUCUACGCGAAUCAAGUCGAGCUGCCGUCGUCGCUCCAUGAUGAACUCGUCUACCUCCUUCUCGACGCCAUCGACACCGCCCAGCGCAACAAAACUCCCAAGAAGGAAGCGUUCCACGUGCGAGUGCACCUCCAACGCGACCCCGUCCUCGGCCCUCUUCGCAAGCACCUCUUAACGUUUCUGCAGUCCCCCCUUGCCAUGUACCACCCCGAGCGCCUCCUCAGUCGUAUGCACGUCGACAUGCUCGAAGAGCGAGCGGUGCUUUUGGCAAAUAUGGGUCGCCAUGAAGAAGUCCUCCGGCUGUACCUCCACGAAAUCCGAGACGCCGCCCUCGCCGAAACCUAUUGCAACGAGUGUUAUACGCACCGAAUCACAGACGCAUCGAUCUACACGCUCUUUUUGCAGACGUACCUGCGACCACCAACGCCAGCAGUCGGUCGACUACGUUCGAGUAUGUCCCUCUUGACCAGUGGCAUUGGCUUGCAUUUCGUCGCGGCGUUCAUGCUCCGCCAUGCACAUUGCAUCGACGUUGCGACGGCGUUGGAGCUCCUGCCACCGUCGGUAGAGGCAGCGGCUGUCGCGGCGUAUCUCGAGCGCGUUGUCGAACUGAAAGUCGAACAAAAACGACAUGUCCAAGUUCAGAAGCAGUUGCUCAAGAUCGAAAACCUCCAUGUGCGCAGUGCCCUGAACGCAGCCAAGCAAGGCAGCGUCCGUGUCGACGUCGACUCGACCUGCGACGUGUGCGCCCGCCCGGUCGAGCGAGGUCCAGUCUUAUGCCACCCCAAUGGAACCUUGCUGCAUUAUGCAUGCCAAACCAGUUCGUAGGACACACAUGAAUAGCAUGUAAAUCCAAUCGAACUCAGUCAUCGAGUGGACAGUCGAGAUGUAGACUU